AUGGCAGACGCAAGUGAUCUGAGACCUGAAGCUUGGACUGUUUCAUCGAACACUGCUGUGAAGCUUUCCUUUGUCGAUGAAGAAGGAGCUGUCCAAUUCACGCCCACAUUUACAUAUCCCAUAUAUGGGGAUUCAGAACAAAUUUUCGGUUAUCAAGAUCUUCAGAUUCUACUUGCUUUUGAUUCAGUAACUUUCAAGCCCUUUUGCAACGUGAAGUUUGGAGCAAAGCUAGCGGAUACCGACGAUAAUGUCCAAGAUAAGUUGUUAAAAUAUCUCCCGGAUGGCGACGUAAUUGUGAAGGACGAGAUAGCUUGGGUUGACACUUUUAACAAGGAGAGGGAGAGUUUUACUCUGCCAGAUGAAAGCAAGAAAGUCGCUAGCUAUAGUCGUGAGGGCCAUAAUUUUGCUGUGUACAAGGUCGAUCUACAUGAUGAUAACGUGAAAAAGCUUCAUCGUCGCAUGCAGAUAUUCACUUUAUUCCUUAUCGAAUCAGCCUCAUACAUUGACGAAGGUGACGAAGGUUGGGAGCUUUACAUGUCAUUCAACACUGGGAAUAAGCAAUGUGUAGGUUAUAGUACUACCUACAAGUACUGGAAGUAUAUGGGAGCAAGGAAUUUUGACAGCACUGAUAAAACAUUUCAGACUGGGAAAAUCUCACAGUUUCUUGUAUUCCCACCAUACCAAGGAGUGGGCCAUGGAUCUGAACUUUAUAACGCUAUCAUCAAUGACUGGCUUGCAGAUACUAAAGUCAUCGAAAUCACUGUGGAGGAUCCCAACGAGGAUUUUGAUUCUUUGAGAGAUAGGAAUGAUUUGAAGAGGCUUUACGCGAGCGGUAUUGCCAGCGAAAUCCCACGAGAGCUUCCUAUAAAAAACGAAUGGAUUGAGGCCCAGCGGUCUAUUUUCAAAAUAGAAAAAAGGCAGUUUCAAAGGCUGAUUGAAAUGCUAUUGCUUCAUAUAUGUUCUCCAAAUUUUAGAUUACAGGUUAAAAAGAGACUUUACGAGAAAAAUUACGACUUACUAGCUGAUCUAGAUACUCCGACAAGAAACGACAAGUUGCAAACGGCUUUUCUCUCCAUCAAAGAAGAGUAUGAUUCUAUACUUGCCAGUUUAAGGUUCAAGAGACAUGAAGAUCUCGACAAUACGCAGCCUUCUAAAAAAAUAAAAAACUAA